AUGGCCUUACUUCCCAAGCUAGCUCCCAUCGAGGUAUGCUCUUCAGCUCUUCACGUCGGUGGUUGGAGUCUUGAUUUCCCAGUUCCCGAAACUAAAUGCUCGGAACAAAAGCUACAAGAACAAGAUCAUGAAGCAUUGCUCCUAAAAGCUGAGACUCUGAAGAGAAAGCUCGAGGGCCUUCAGAUUUUGAAUGAAAAACUGUGUGGUCAUGGAGUUGAGGAUCUGAGUUACGCCGAGCUGAAAUCUCUGAGAAGACAGCUUAGAGAGGGCUUCGACAUUUGUGGUUACCAAGCAGAGAAGUUAAAAGUAGAGCUGGAGGAAGGUGAAAGAGAGAUGGUCAAGAACUUAGGAGAGGAAGAAGGAGAAAUGUUGAUUAAGAGAAAGAGAAAUGAGGCUUAUAAAACGCAAUUUAGAUUCUUAAAGACAAGAAGUGAUUUAAGGAAGCAGGCCAAAGAGCUCCGGAGCAGCUCUGAUCCCAGAAAACAUUGGGAUAGUUUUGAAACGCUAGUGCAAGCUAUUGAAGACAUAAGCGCGAGAUAUCGAGGUUGCAGCUCUAUAACAAAGAACAUCUACCGGAAGAUGAAAGGUUGCGAAGAAGUGUAUUCCGAAGAGAAGAAGAAGAGCAUGGUUGGAGAAUGA